GGGCUGGGCGGGGCUGUUGGGAAGGUUGGGUGGGACGGACGCCAUUGCGUUGCUAUGAGCUGGCUCCUGGGCUGCAGAGGCGCUUGUCAAUAGGCGCGGAGGCGGUGGCGGCGGCGGCGGCGGCAGCAGCGACAGGCUGAGACUGCAUCCUCUUUCUGCUCCUUUUCUUGAGUUCCCCUUCCCCCCCGAGACCUCCUCCCUUGGCUCUCGCCCGAACCCAGGCUCCCCGUCUCUCGUCUCGCUCGGUCUGGGCGGGCGGCGCGCGCAGCUCCCGAGGCUCUCGAACUGCCGAGCGGCAGCCACGGCGGUUCCGGGGAUGGGGAGGCGGCGGCGGGCAGAUGAGAAGAUGCUCCUGGGCUGAGGCGAAGCCAAGGACGGAGAAGGAGAACCUGGCGGCUGCGGGAGGGAUGGCUCAUUCCGGAGCGGCCGCAGCUGUGCCCGGGGGAAGCGGCGAGCAGCGGGGGUCGGGCCCCUCGGCCUCUGGCCCGGGAGCGGCGGCAGCGGCGGGUUUGGACGGCGGGGGGCCGCGGGACUCACUGAGCCUGGAGGAGAUCCUGCGGCUCUACAACCAACCCAUCAACGAGGAGCAGGCAUGGGCCGUGUGCUACCAGUGCUGCGGAUCCCUGCGGGCCGCCGCCGCUGGAGACCCGCGUAGCCGCCCCCGCCGCGCGCCCCGCAGCCGAGUGGAGGCGCCCGCGCAGAUCCGCGUCUGGAGAGAUGGCACCGUCACCCUGGCCCCCGGGCCGGGCGACUCUGGGGAGCCGCCUCCGGGUGCAGGUACAUUGGGAUAUUCACAUUGUACAGAAACAGAGGUUAUUGAAUCCUUGGGAAUUAUUAUUUAUAAAGCAUUGGACUAUGGUUUGAAGGAGAAUGAAGAAAGGGAACUAAGUCCUCCCUUAGAGCAGCUCAUUGACCAUAUGGCCAAUACUGUGGAGGCUGAUGGUAGUAAUGAUGAAGGUUAUGAAGCUGCAGAUGAAGUCAUGGAUGAAGAAGAAGAUGAGAAGAGAAAAAUAUCAAUUAUUCGAUCAUAUAAAGAUGUCAUGAAGGUGUGUGCUGCCCAUCUCCCAACUCAAUCAGAGGCACCAAACCACUACCAGGCAGUAUGUAGAGCAUUAUUUGCUGAAACAAUGGAGUUACACACAUUUCUUAGCAAAAUUAAGAGUGCAAAAGAGAAUCUUAAGAAGAUCCAGGAAAUGGAAAAGAGUGAUGAAACCAGUACAGACCUAGAUGAGCUGAAAAAUGCAGAUUGGGCUCGAUUCUGGGUACAGGUGAUGAGGGAUUUGCGGAAUGGUGUAAAACUAAAGAAGGUUCAAGAGAGACAGUAUAACCCAUUGCCAAUUGAAUAUCAACUCACACCUUAUGAGAUGUUAAUGGAUGACAUUCGCUGCAAACGCUACACUUUGAGGAAGGUAAUGGUGAAUGGUGAUAUUCCUCCUCGGUUAAAAAAAAGUGCUCAUGAAAUCAUUCUGGACUUUAUUCGAUCACGACCUCCCUUGAAUCCAGUCUCAGCCAGAAAGCUGAAACCAACUCCACCACGACCACGGAGCCUUCAUGAAAGAAUAUUGGAGGAAAUCAAAGCAGAAAGAAAGUUACGCCCAGUCUCACCAGAGGAGAUUAGACGUAGUAGGCUAGCAAUGCGGCCACUUAGCAUGUCUCACAGUUUUGACUUGUCAGAUGUUACCACUCCUGAAUCUCCAAAGAAAGGGACAGAAGUCUCUGUGUUGAAUGGUGGUUUAACACCACAAACAAAAACCAGUGGUGUAAGUGGCACACAAACAACAGUUCAACGGAAGAAACUCCUUAAAGCUCCAACUCUGGCUGAACUGGAUAGCUCUGAAUCAGAGGAGGAAACAAUGCACAAGUCAGCAAGCAGCAGCAGUGUAUCUCCCUCCCUUCUGGAAGAUCCCAUAUUAGAGGCUAUGCCAAGCAGGAAAAUGCCUCCAAAAUUCUUGCCCAUAUCAUCAACACCCCAGCCAGAGAGGCGGCAGCCACCCCAAAGACGACAUUCGAUUGAAAAAGAAACCCCUACCAACGUUAGACAGUUCCUGCCACCAUCCAGACAGAGCUCCAGAUCACUUGUUCCUAGGAUAACCAGUUUAUGGCCAAGGACACCUUUCCGACCACUUUUUUCUACCAUACAAACAGCUUCUCUGCUCAGCUCUCAUCCCUUUGAAGCAGCCAUGGUUGGGGUAGCAGGGGCUAUGUAUUAUCUCUGUGAGAGAGCUUUUACCAGCAGGUGGAAAUCCGCAAAGGAAGAAUUCUGUUAUCCAGUGGAAUGUUUGGCUCUCACAGUAGAGGAAGUGAUGCACAUUCGCCAGGUCCUGGUAAAGGCAGAGCUGGAAAAGUACCAACAGUAUAAAGAUGUCUACACUGCACUGAAAAAAGGAAAGCUUUGUUUCUGUUGCCGAACCAGGAGAUUUUCCUUCUUUACUUGGUCUUAUACUUGUCAGUUCUGUAAGAGGCCAGUAUGCUCACAGUGUUGCAAAAAGAUGCGAUUGCCAUCCAAGCCAUAUUCCACUCUUCCUAUCUUUUCUCUGGGACCUUCUGCCUUGCAAAGAGGAGAAAGUUUUAUGAGACCUGAAAAACCCUCUACUAGCCACCAUCGGCCACUUCGGAGUAUUGCCAGGUUCUCCUCAAAAUCUAAAUCUGUAGAUAAAUCAGAUGAAGAACUACAAUUUCCCAAAGAACUGAUGGAGGACUGGAGUACUAUGGAGGUGUGUGUAGACUGCAAAAAGUUUAUUUCAGAGAUCAUCAGCUCCAGUCGGCGAAGCCUGGUGCUGGCCAACAAGCGAGCUCGUUUGAAAAGGAAAACACAAUCAUUCUACAUGUCCUCAGCAGGUCCCUCGGAGUACUGCCCUUCAGAGAGAACUAUCAAUGAAAUCUGAGCCUCGUGCCUUUCCAGUUGCUCUUGUUCACAAAGUCAGCAUUGGUGGGAGAACACUAAGAACUGCAUUGUCUUUCCUUUCCUUUCCGUGGUUUUAUUUCAUAGGCUUGAAUUUGCAUUAGAUCAGAUAUGUGUCUCACCACAUUGUUCUACUGACUGAAUGCUGUGUUCAUAUCUGUUACUGAUAUGCAACAGGUCAGCCAAUCAAUCAUUUGCACUGAAAGAAAACAGUGGUUUGAAACUUGCCUUCUUUUUAAUUUGUACAUUUGAAGGACAAAACAGUUUUCCCUGAGUUUAGUUCUUUACCAUUUCUUAAAUUGUUUUCUAACCAAGGCUGAAAGGUUCUUUAAGGAGAAACCAAUCUAACAAAGGAAUCAGUGUUAGCACAGUUCUAAGCAGUAAGUCAUAUUGGCAUUUCCACCUAAUAGUGUUCACAUGUAGUGUAUACAGUAAUCCAGUGCCCUACUGGAGGACACUAAGCUCCUGGCGUGGGCCAUAGUAAUUAUUGUCUCACAGCAUAAAAUCUAGGAUUUGCUAAUGCUAACAAAUCGAUUUUUAAAUUUAUUGUUAAUCUGAGAUUUUUGUUAAAUAAGGGACUUUAUGAUGUCUGUGUUCUAGUGCAAAACACCAGCAUAAGCUGUACACCCAGAUGGGUGACUCUUUCCCUGAAGCUGCUGGACUUGUCAGCCCUAAUGUAACUGACCAGUGUCUCUCAUGAAAGUGACACCUUAUUCCUUUGAAUGUAUUAUGAUUAUUGGUAGUAUUCGUAAUAAUAGACUGGGUGAUAAAGGUUUGGCAGAAGUUUGGGGACUAAGAUAUAUGGCAACAGCUUGAGUGUAUUCCUGCAAUGUCAAAAGAGCCUGUGAUUCUGUUUGAAAGGUGGCUGGUCUGUUUUGAGACUCUAUGGGUUGGCAACCUCUGACUACACUGGUACAGCUCUGGUAGCAGAUAUGUUAUCAACUCUGUUUUUCAUAUCUUAGGAACUUGGCCAUCAAGUCUAAACUCGGCUGUAAUUUGGUACCUAAGGUCUUAGACUGGAAACAAAUUUAUUUAUUUUUGUAAAUGAACUUUUUAAAAACAAACAAGGUUGUUUAGCUGUUUUAAAGUUGCGAGAACAUUAACCUGCUGACUGGCUUCAGAUGCUUUUUUUGCAUUUUUUUUCUCACAAAUGGAUUUAUGUGUGUAUUAUUGGGGGGGGGGGGGUAAGGGGGACGAUUGUGCACCUGAAAUUUAUGAGCUCAUUUAAGAUCAUAAAAUGGAAUAGAUUAUUUUGGUAUGCAUAAAAACAACCAUCCAAAUAACCAUUGAUGUUUGUCAGAUCAAUUAAUGCACAUGCACUGUAAUUUUCAAGAAACAGUAGUAGAUACAUCUAUAUUCAACCUGGUGACAGCACCAUAGGUGGCAUGAUAAGUAUUUGUUAUUGUAUCAAAAUAUAGUUAACAUUUCUAUAUGAAAUUAACAUGCCUCAAAACUGUCCCAAUACUACUUUAAAAUGGACUAAAAUUUGAUGAUUUCAUAGCUUAAAAUUUUCAAAAUAAAUUUUAACGAUUAAUUAAAUGCACGUUAACAAUUCCUCCAUAUUUGCAUGUGAAACUAUAAUGUCUCCAGGGAUUUCUGAUUAUGUAAAAGUUUAAAAUUGUUUUAAGAGCUUUGAAAAAUAUAUUCAAUGAAACUUAUUUGUAAGAUUUUCUAAGAGACCAACUUGUUUGAAAUUUAUAUUCAGGAAAAAAAUUUUAUGUGAGCCACAAUAUUUUGGGACCCUCUAUUCAAACUUUUAAAAUAAUUGCUAGCUAGAGAAGGGGAUGUGAAGGUCAGGGAAAAGGAUAACUCCAUUAAGUUCCUUACUUUGUGCGUGUGCGUGUGUGUGUGUGUGUGUGUGUGUGUGUGUGUGUGUGUGUGUUUAUAAAUAUUCCCACAGCCAUACUUGUCCAGUUUUUUGUUUGCUUGCUUGUUUUUUGGUCUGGACCCAUAAUUUAAUCUUCAUGGGGAGAUUCUAGUGUAGGAACUCUUUUCAUUGAUUUAAAUCAGUAACACAACCUUCAUUUAUAAUCUUAGGUGGUUGCUAGGGCUACCAGAGUUUGCUCAUGAUCAUACAAUCAGUAUGUUUCAUCCCAGAGCUUCCUGCCACUAAAGCCAACCCAGUAGCCAUUAUACAUUGCCUCCUCUCAUAACAAGCUAUAUAAAAGUAAAAGAAGGUAGCAUGCUAAAAUUGAGGGAUUUGCUUCCACUCUCAAAAAUAAAUAAAAGCAGAUAACAAGAGGUGACUUUUCUAACCUAUCUCCCUCCUUUUAGGCCCAUGAUAUUACAGAAGUUUAUAAAAUUCCAGUCAUAUUCAAAUGAUCUCUUGAUCUUUAGAAUACAAAUGGGCAAAGUCAACAUAAUAGGAUACAUGAUGGAAAAAAAAAAUUAAACAAAUUUUAAAAUGGUCAUUAUAAGAAAAAGGCCAAGUUGUCAUUUGUAUUAGUCCUAUUGGUGUGCUCUUUUGGGGUGCCAAAACCAAUCCUUGUGUUUUAACCCUUUGUUCUCCUUUGCUAAAUUCUAUAGUGAGUGCAUUAUUCCCAUAAGAAACAAUUCUUGGCUUAAAAGGCUGGAAUUUAAAAUCCUUUGCCUUAUCUGGCUUUAAGAAUGUGUGCCUAUUUUUACAUUUUAAAUUGUUCAGCUUCCCUCUUUAUAGUAUUCAGCAUUCACCUUUAUUCAAGUUGUUUUUUUUUUAAUUAAAGGCAUUUGUGCUGCCUCUUUCAUUUGGAGUCUUAAGGGAUCUUGGAACAAUGUGUGCUCAAUGAAAUAAUGAAAUAUUUGGGUAUGCUUAAAAAUAUGAAAUGAAAUAAAUGACCUACUGUAUGUGAUGCCCUUUAUAAAACCUGAAAGUGCUGUCUUCAGUGUUAGGUAUUAUUUCUCUUGGUUGGCAGCACUAUCUGAUUGAUAUUUCCCUAUUUCCUGACCUCUUUUUGUUCUCAUACCUCAUGAAGUUACCCUGUGGAGAGGCCCAUGUUUCUCUCCCUGUCGUUUAACUUCAUAUCAGUGUCAGAAUAUAUGAGAAAGUCUGUAAAUAAAUGUAAUAUAUUUAUUAAUAUUUGAAAGGCUGCCAUCCAGCAGAUACUGGGAAUAGAUUUUCCCAAGAUGAUUUAAAAUUAAAGCAAGUCUUAUUGAUAUGCAAAUUGAUUAAAUUAUUUCACUAGAUUUCAAGUUUUGAGCCUUUUAAGUCAAACCUUGGAGACUUUAUGGCACAUAGCAUUUUAAGAAUUAAGUUGCAAGAGGAUAUGUGACUAGCAACAUGAACUCACCACCAUGAACUUCUCAUAAAGUUUUUAUUUUUCUAAUUGUAUUAAUAAAUUUAGGACUUGGUUUUAAGGAACACAUAGGAGAUAUGAAGGUUCCUAAAAUGUGCCACCAUUAUUUGUUGACAAUGAAAAAACAGAGAAUUUGGUACUGAAGAACUAUUAAAUUAAGGCCAUGAGGAAUGUAGUCCCAGUUUUCUAUGUGUACAAAAUCCAAGGUCUUACUGGUAUUCAUGGUGAUAGUACUAAGCAUUUUUCAUCAAGGCCUCUUAUUUGAAAAUUAUCUGGGAAAAAAAAUAAAAAAAGCCUUUCCAGCA